AUGAGUCGCGCAACAACAGGCCCUCAAUAUGGCAGGGAUAAGUCUGAAGAAAUAUACCAGCGAGCCGUCACACUCAUUAAGGAUAGACUCCCUACAAUGCACAUCCUUAAGGCUCUUCUCGUGGUGAAUUUGGGAAAGCCAACAGACAUCGUAAUUGACGCCCGCGGUACGCCAGAGCUACUGGAGAAAAUCGAUGACGAACCAGAUUGCAGGCUACAGAUCAAGCCUGACUAUCUCAUUCAAUUUUCCGAAGGCAAGUUGGAGCCAAGAUAUGGUAUCUUCAAAGAUGCAUUCUUCCACGAAGCCAGCAUGCCAAAAGGCAACGUCCGCGUUGCUAUCAAGUUCGCCGAUUUACUUUGCCCUGUCAAUCCAGUUCCUCCUAGCUUCGCUGCCGACGCGAAACUACCGCAGCCAACAGAGGACAUGGAUCAGGUCAAGAAAGAUAUUUCUGAAUUUGGAUACGGACUAGUUAAGAAUGCCCUAAGUCCAGAGCAGGUCGCUACGCUGAAAAGAGCCGUCAAGGAACAAGCUGCAGGGGAGAGGGCUGCCGGGGUUUCUGCAAAUGACGGAGGUCCGAAUGCUCCUAACCAACGCCUCUGGACUUUAAUAAAUAAAGGCCAGGAGUUUGUUGAUUUGCUCGAUCAUCCCUUGAUUGAUGAUGUGGUUCCGGAACUACUAGGAGAACAUGCUUUGCUUCACAGCUACAGUGCCAACAUUGCGCGUCCUGGAAACGUGCCAAUGCAACUUCAUACGGAUCAGGUAGCAAUACAGCCUCCAAUCCGAGAUAUUGCAUUCGGCUUAAAUAUCAUGUGGUUCUUGGAAGACAUCACAGCCGAUAAUGGUGGCACUCGUGUUUAUCCAGGGUCACACAUUGGACAUGUGGCUCCCGACGAUAUCUUCGACAUCACCGGCUCAGUCGCAGCUGAGGGCCCAUCUGGCACGGCUCUCGUCUUUGAAAGUCGACUGUGGCAUUGCACUGGUCCCAAUAUUCAAAAGACCGGAGAACGUCCUGUCAUUCUGAUGUUUUUUAUGAGGUCGUUCAUCCGCCAGCAGGAAAACAACUUCCUAUCACUCCGUUCUGAUGUCGAAGCAAACCUCUCCGACCGUAUCAAAGCACUUCUAGGGUUCCGUACAACCGGGGCAUUGGGAGGUGUUCAAGGUGAGGUGCGAGAGGGUUUAAUCGUGAAGAAGCUCAAAGACCCUGUUGGCCCACUUCGUCAAACCAUAUCUAUUUAA